GACGUUUAUUUGAUGUAAUAUGUAAUGUUCUGCUUUUACUGACGUGAAGAUUGAAACAUUUUAUUAUUUCAUAUAUCACUUUUUUAAUGAAAAACUGAAGUUAUUAAAUUUAUUAUGGAAUCAUUUCUGAAACGAAGAAGUGAUAACACUCUGGGCGAACCUAAGAAAAAGAUGAAAAGGGAAAAUUGCCCCCACUCUGAACGUUGCUACAGAAAAAAUCCACAUCAUUUUAAAGAGUACGAGCAUCCUCAUUUGAUUAAGUUUAUAGAAAUGGGAGAUUCUCUAGUUAUACCAGAUAAUUCACCACAACCAAAAAAUGUGUAUCUGGAACAAAUUGAAAUAUUGAAACCUAUAAUUGCAAAAAAAAAUGUAUCGAAGGAUUCUAGUAAACAAAAAUCGAUGCCAGAUUUAUCAGGUGAUGCUGGUCCAUCGUCAAGUAAAAAAGUAUCUAAUAAGGGGAAAACUACUAUUUACAAUGGAGAACUAAAUACUGGCGUACAGUUGGCUAAACCAGGUACAAUGUUGGAAAAACUGGAGAAAGCUGCACCAUAUAAUUUAUUUUUUACUACAGUGAAUAAAGCUCCAGAAACUUUAAAACAACCUAAUGCCAUAACAUUUACAGAUUUGCUCUGUCCAAGUUUGGGUGAUUUGAAGUGUUCCUUACAAAUAAACUUUAUGAUAGACAUCGACUGGCUCUUGAAACAAUAUAAAGCGAGGAAUUUGAGUACAAAGCCCCUAACAAUUGUAUAUGGUGAUGAUUGGCCAGAUAUGGCUAAAUUUAUAGAUAUGUUUUGCCCUAAUGUCACAUAUAAAUUCAUAAAAAUGAAAGAUCCGUUUGGAUGUCAUCAUUCUAAAAUUGGCAUUUACGUCUAUGAAGAUAAUUCUGUGCGAGUUGUUGUGUCAUCAGCAAAUCUGUAUUAUGAAGAUUGGAAUCAUUAUAAUCAGGGAUUGUGGUUGAGUCCAGCUUGUCCAAGAUUACCCGAAUCUAGUGCUGCUAGUGAAGGAGAGUCCCCAACUGGCUUCAAAGCAAAUCUUUUAAGCUAUCUAGGAACUUAUAACCUCCCUUGUCUUCAAUCUUUUAUAGAUCAUGUUAAAAGGGCCGAUUUUUCCGCAGUCAGAGUAUUUUUGGUGUAUUCAGUACCUGGUCGACAUUAUCCUAAUAACGUAGGUUCCCAUCUUCACCGCGUUGGAGCCUUAUUAAAGCAACAUUGCACACUACCUUCAAAAACAACACCCGAAAGUGAAGGACCCUUGUCUUGGGGCAUCAUUGCACAAGCUUCCAGUAUAGGAUCAAUGGGUAAAAGCCCUGCUGAGUGGCUCAGGGGCACAUUGCUUCGAAGUUUGGCAAGCCACACUAAGGGCCCAUUACCCAUGAAUUCUAAUGCCACUCUGAGCAUAGUGUACCCCAGUGUGGACAAUGUUAUGACAGGUUAUUACGGACAUGAGAGCGGUGGAUGUUUACCAUAUUCAAAGGCUACAAAUGAAAAGCAGAGGUGGUUGCAGGAGUAUAUGCAUCAGUGGAAGGCUGAAGCCUAUGGAAGAACAAGGGCAAUGCCACAUAUUAAAACAUACUGUCGAGUUUCACCUUGCUUGACUAAACUAGCCUAUUUCUUGGUCACUAGUGCAAAUUUAUCAAAAUCUGCUUGGGGUGGGCCUGUUGGGAAGGACUCAGGGGUGUAUGUGAGGUCAUACGAAGUAGGAGUUCUCUAUUUGCCAAAAUUUUUUGAUGAAGAAUAUCUGGAGAUUAAAAGGACACUGUCAAGUAAAAAUAAGAAGUUGUUUCCAUUUAUGUAUGAUUUACCGCUGGUUCCUUAUAAAUCUGAUGAUUAUCCUUGGUGUAACUGACAAUUUGGUGUAAAUGUUCUAUUCAUUAUUUUUUUGUUAUAAAACCAUGUUUGUUCAUUUAUUAUACAGUCAUCUCUACAUUUUUUAAA